AUGGAGAGUCCACCACCCCAGAAGAAGUGGCAGACUCUUUCCCAGCUUCCCUAUGGGAAAGCUCUCUACAGUUAUGAGGGGAAAGAACCCGGCGACCUCAAGUUCAGCAAGGGCGACAUCAUCAUCCUGCGGCGCAGGGUGGAUGAGCACUGGUACCAUGGGGAGCUGCACGGGGCUCAUGGCUUCCUGCCCGCCAGCUACAUCCAGUGCAUCCGGCCCUUGCCACAGACCCCGCCCCAGGGCAAAGCACUUUAUGAUUUCGAGAUGAAGGACAGAGACCAGGACAAGGACUGUUUGACCUUCACCAAGGAUGAGAUCCUGACUGUCAUCAGAAGAGUGGAUGACAACUGGGCGGAAGGCAUGCUGGGAGACAAGAUUGGGAUCUUCCCCCUGCUGUAUGUGGAGCUCAAUGACUCAGCCAAGCAGCUCAUUGAGAUGGACAAGCCGUGCCCAGCUGCUGCAUCUGGCUGCCAUGCCUCCUUGCCCUCUGACCCUGGCGCGGCAGCCAGUGUGGCCCCAGGACCCACAUUAAGCAGCACUGGGGCAGUCAGUGCCUUUCAGCGGCGUGUGGACAGCAAGAAGAAUGCCAAGAAGCGCCACUCCUUCACUGCGCUCAGUGUGACACACAAGUCCUCCCAGGCCACCAGCCACAGGCACUCCAUGGAAAUUAGUGCUCCGGUCUUGAUCAGCUCCAGCGAUCCCCGGGCUGCAGCCAGGAUUGGUGACCUGGCUCAUCUGUCCUGCAGUGCUCCUGCCCAGGACUCCUCCUCCUCGGCCGGACCCGCCCCAGCGGCUGAACAGCAAGGCACAGCUCCCAAAGUCCAGCUGCCCCUCAACGUGUACUUGGCGCUCUAUGCUUACAAGCCCCAGAAGAACGACGAGCUGGAGCUGCGAAAGGGCGAGAUGUACCGCGUCCUAGAGAAGUGUCAGGAUGGCUGGUUCAAGGGGACAUCCUUGAGGACUGGACUGUCUGGGGUGUUCCCAGGAAACUACGUGACGCCCGUCUCCAGGGCUCCGGUAGGAGGGGCUGGGACACCGCGGAAUAAUGUUGUUGGAGGGUCUCCACUGGCCAAAGGGAUGGCCACAACCAUCCACCCAGGUGGUGGAAGCCUGAGCAGCCCAGCCACUGCCACGAGGCCAGCCCUUCCCCUCACCACACCCCAGGCCCAGCACCAGGCGGCCGCCCCCCCAGUGGGCAGUUGUCUGCGGCACACAGCCCAGCCGGCCACCAGCCAAGCCCGGGGCACUGUCCCCACAGCUGCCCACUCCUCAGCCCAGGCUCAGGACCGACCAACAGCCACCGUGUCGCCCCUGCGCACCCAGAACUCCCCGUCCCGCCUGCCCACCGCCAGCCUCAGGCCCCACUCCGUGGUGUCCCCACAGCACAUCCACCAGCCCCAGGUGCAGACGGUCAUCGGGGCCCAGUGCCCCCGGCCGGCCAUCCCGCUUACGUCUGCAGCGUCAGCCGUCACACCUCCCAAUGUCAAUGCCGCCAACCUCAACGGGGAGGCUGGAGGGGGGCCUGUCAGUGGCCUGUCGACAUCCAGCCCCACCAACACAGGAUGCAGACCAGAUGAGAAAAAAAAUGAGAAGAAAGAGAAGAAAAGUGGGCUGCUGAAGCUUCUUGCUGGGGCGUCUACCAAGAAGAAAUCUCGCUCUCCACCAUCCAUUUCUCCAACCCACGAUGCCCUGGUGGCAGUGGACACCUCACUCCAGGGUGCCGUGGGACCCGAAGUAUCCUCACUGUCCAUCCAUGGCAGGGCAGGGUCCUGCCCCAUAGAGAGCGAGAUGCAGGGUGCAGUGGGGAUGGAGCCACUGCACAGAAAGGCAGGCUCCUUGGAUCUGAACUUCUCCUCAUCUCCCUCCAGGCAAGCGCCUCUCUCCAUGGCUGCCAUCCGUCCGGAGCCCAAGCCUUUGUCCAGGGAGAGGUACCGCGUGGUGGUCUCUUACCCUCCCCAGAGCGAGGCAGAGAUCGAGCUGAAGGAAGGUGACAUUGUCUUUGUGCACAAGAAGCGUGAGGACGGCUGGUACAAGGGGACCCUGCAGAGGAAUGGCCGCACCGGUCUCUUCCCGGGAAGCUUCGUAGAGAGCUUCUGAGGACACACUCUCCACACCCCACUCCCCAGGCAUGAAGGCUCCCUGGGAUCCCCAGGGCACAACAAGGGAAGUCAAGGCUGUCCUGAGGGUCCCAGGUCCCUUUCAAGGCUCCUGACAUGGCCACCCUGGAUGGGGGUGGGAGCCCAUAACCCCCAACCAAGAGCACACCCUGGGGUUGUUCUCUGACAAAAUGCUUCCCUCUGCGUAAACUGUAAAGAAAUAUCUUUGAAAAGAGAAGCUGCUGAUGCGGGUUGAUUUGCUCUGUGACUUACUGCUAAGCUGCAGCAUUCUUGUUUGCUGCCUAUGCAAGGCCGAAAGCUGCAGAAGGGCUGUGGGGGUUGGGCGGUGGGCAUGGCGCCCAGGGCGUUUGAAGAUUGUCUUUAUGGGUUGCCCUGGGCUUCUUGGGGGGGGGGGGUCCAGAUUGCUCCAUCACCUCUCUAUAUACCUCAGUCACCUGCCACCUGGCCACUCAGCAAGGGUGUUCCUGGCCCAGGGCCUUUGCUGGGUCCCCAGAGUCCCUGGGGAAGCCCAGCAUGCAGCUCCUGUUGGAGGCGCAAGAUCGCACUUGGCUUUGUUUCCUGCCCAUCGUAUUAUAAGCCACAUGUUUCGUUUUGCCGCCACUGUCCCUUUGCAUUGCUUCUUUCUUACAACAUCUUUUUAAAGUAAAGCUGUUAGACUUUCUAUAUUUCUAAUAGGUCAUACAUUGCCUAUUUUUCAUACAUCUGGUGCUGCCUUUUUGUAAAACCAAUAAUGACUUGGUUGAGCUUGAAAGAAAAAAUGUCUGAGAUGAUAAUCAAGUGGGCAGAAUUUUUAUAUGUACCAUGUGAAUUUUGGAAAACUGAAAAGUCCACGCACUCAAUAUCAGUGUUGGCUACUAUUCUGUGGAUAAGAGGGAAUCCAUUUAAGUGGUUGGAGGGAGUUUAGAAAAAGCCAAUUUCUUUAAACCUUUACCAAAGCCCCAUGCUAUGUCUAGACAGUGGUAAUUAUUAUUCAAGAACUGGAAGCAUUUCAAGUAAGGGUCACUAUAAUUGCCUUUUGUGUGGCAGUAAAAAGAACAUGAAGGUCAACCCCAGCCUAGGAAGGCAGAAUUUUCCUUUUAUUGCUUUAGAGAAAAUGACUACAAUUAGCAUUAUCAAAGUAUGAUUUCUCACUACUGAAAUGUGUAGUUUUUAACCACAAUUCAGGUUUCCCACCCUAUGAUGGGUUUGUCUUUUUUUUUUUUUUUUUUUUAAUAAAUGUGUCCCUAUCAGGCAGUACAAAUAUUGGUCUAGAGACUGGAAGUACAAUGAGGAGAACAAGGGAUUUGAGGUAUUGCUGCAGAUUUGAAGAAUUCAAGGGAGCUGGGAGAAGAGACAGGAUGAAGAAUACCUUUGAUCCUGGGACCUUGCCCUGGGUGGAGUCCAUUGAGGCCUCUUCAUGAGCCCAGCAGCCCUGACCUGCCAUAGAAACAGACUGGAGAAGCCCUGUCAUGCAGGCAGUCUUGUUCUCAAGAGAUUCACACCUUAAGAAUACAUUCUUGUCAGUUCAGAGUCACAAUUCAUAAACUCCCUCUCUCUUUAUUUUUAUAAAGUGACUCAAGUUUAAAUUAGGCUGACUAAAUUAGCCUUUGGUAACAUAGGAUCUCCCUGGUUUUCAAGGAUGCAACAAAAUCCAGAAACACAUUCCCUUGCCUGGUGGAAUGCCUUUGAAAUACAAAACACUUAUUUUCAGAGCUCCUAUUUGGGGAUGUGACUUGGCUAUUUGUUACUGCCAGGUGGCUACCAUGACAGUGGGAUCACACCUAGACAAAGGCUCUUCUCCUCUCUCCAGAUAAUCAUAGAUUUAAUAGACUUGAGAAAUUUGUUCUGAAUCAAAGAAAGAUGAAAUCCAACUUAAACCCAGGGAGCCCUACGUGAGUUAAUGACAACCAGAAGGUAUCCAUUUGCCAUUGGUGCCAAAUUAGUUGUCUGCCAUGCACAAAAAUCAUGUGCUUGUUUAAAAUCAUGCCAUCACCAAAAAUGUGCAUGGAUUAACACACUGACGGAGACACAUGUUCCUCAGUGAGACCAGAACUAACUCACAUCCCCAGAUAAUAAGGAAAGCCUUUUUAUUUUUUUUUUUUAAUGAAGGCAGUUACCAAGCAACAGAAUAGACUAACUUGGACCUUCUUUCCUCUCUCAGCCACCACCCACACAAUGCUCGUGGUAGGUAGGAAUUGAUAAACAGCCUAGUGACUGUGGGUGAGGCAGCCCCCCACCAGGGCCCAGCACCCCUCACAGCAGAGAGCUGGGCGAGUAUCCAGUGCCUUUGCAAGGCAUCAACUGGACCUUCUUGUGGCAGAGUUGGGUCAGGUAUUGGUAUGACUUUGGGAAGGAAGGGAUGCCAUAGGCCAGCCAUCACCAGGACAUCCUUUCAGGUGGGGCUCCCAGAGAGCAGGGAAGUACACAACCAGCCCUGGUGCUUUGGGCUGUUUUCAAACAUAUUCAGCCAAAUCCAUCAGCCUUUAUGACCAUUUGGCCCACAGACAAGGGCAAGAGCAGAAUUAGACCCUUUGGGAUAUCUUGCCCUAAUGGACAAACUCAUUUUGGCUACUAAGAUGAAACCAACACCUUACCUGAACCCUCACUGUCUACCCUGGCCCAGCAACUUACACAUCUUGGUUAUCAGUGGCAUUUGGCAGCCAAGGUGACUUGCUUUGAGGAAUGCAGUAGAGUUCAUAGACACCAUUGAGCAAGGUCAGUGGAUGAGGACAACUGGUCCACCAAAGGGCCACAGAAGCAGAGUGGGGAGACAGUGGGCAGGCACUUCCCUGGCAGCCUCAUAUUAUGAAUUCCAGACUCUGGCACCCCAAACAAGCUCAGCUGCCUGGCUGAGAAGUUCUUUGUACUUUGCACAGUUCACACACACACACACACACACACACACCAAUGUUUUUGUUACACACAAAUGUCAGCGUGUGAUUUUGGAUGAAUUUGACAGUGAUGACAAACUAUGAUGCCUGUGUUUCUGAGUCUUUAAAUAAAAAUGAACAUGGAGAGGU